UUGCAUAGUAUACACCCCUCAUUAACUAAUACAUCUCUCCGAUCCAAAAUUCUAGCUAGUCAUCCUUGUUAUUAUCAUAUAAAUAUAUAUAUAUAUCUCGUGAUUGUUAUAUUUAAUCAGAAUCAUGAUAAAAGAGAAAAUAGAAAACCAUCCCUUUCAUCCAAACCACUCUUUGAUCCUCACAGAUGAUCACAACAUGGAGCGUUGCAGCACAUGUAGUCGAACAAGCUUUUCGAGCCAUGUUUACCAGUGCGAGGAGUACCCGGAGUGCAAAUUCAGAUUGUGCCGGGAAUGCUCUAGUGUGGAGCCAAACAUCGACUAUCCAGGUCACCAGCACAAGCUGUGUUUCAUGGAGAAAACGGAAGAAGAAGAUGUUGAGUGCGAUGCUGACGAUGGCUACUGUAAGCGAGAUUUUGUAUGCGACGAGCUUGAUCGCACGGCAUACUCCUCCAUCUUGCGCUGCGUCCCUUGCAAUUUCAACAUCGUUCACUUGUUGUGUGGUCCGUUGCCGCGCAGCAUUCGUUACGAGUAUCACAUGCACCCUCUUGUUCUUACACCCUCGGUGAUUGAUAGUGACAACAACCACCAUGAAUCCCAAGAUGAAGAUGAUGAAUAUUACUGUGAUAUUUGCGAAGAUACCAGAGAUGAACGUAUUUGUGUUUAUUAUUGCGCAGACUGCAAAUUCGUCGCUCAUGUUCACUGCUUAAUUCCUCAGAUUACGAGUGCACUCACAGGAAGCGUUGAAGAUCAAGACCUUAUACUCCUAAGUACAAGCAGUGGAAGCGACGACACAGAUGACCAAGUUGACAAAAAUGAUAUGACCUUGAUGGACCUCAUACAAAACUUAACCAAAGAAGACAAAGAAACGUUCGAAGAGCACUUCUAUUGGCACACUAGCAAUAAUGUGGUUUUUGAUAGUACUUGUGGAGAAAGCCAUGGCAGACAACCAGAAAAAUACAUUUUCCCACAUUCACCUGCGGAUUUGGAUAACCAAGUUUACAAGUUUGACACAUACUGUAACUUUAGAAGGUUGAAACUAGAUACUAAUGAUUUAGAAGUGAAAGUUGUGACGGUUAAGAAUUACAAGGUAGCUUGGUACCUACGUAAUGUUCUGAAGAGUUUGCUUGAAAAGCAUGGAGAUGUUAUUGAUGAAGAAUCGAAACUAAGUGGGGACAUGAAGAGUCUUGCCUUUCACUUUCUAUGUCGAGUCAUAUAUGACAAGGAUAGAACGAGGAGGAGAGACAUUACUGAAGAGCUUAUUAGGGAAUGGUAUGGCUAUCUCAAGUUUGUGAGGCGUAUGGGGCUUAGAAUUAUGUUUUUGUACGAACAACUUGAGAAAAUCAAGCGUGAUUUCGUCUCACAAAUUCCAAUCAGACUUGAAAGUGAAAUUCCCAAUGAAUUGCAUCAGAAGAAGUCGCGGCUGCAAAAACAAAUAGAAAAAGUUGAUACUGAUCUUGACAAAUGUAAGGAGUAUUCUAGUCGUUCAUCUGGUGUACGUCUGAGACUGAGUGACUACUCUUAUGGGGAUGAUGAGGCCUCAAAACUGAUGCAGGGUACUGCAGAGAAGAAUGCCUGAAUUGCUCGUUUUCUGAGGGAAUAACUGUGUUUUUUUAAUUUCUUUUAUUCAAUAAGAUUGCAUCAGUUGUAUUGAAUUUGGUGUUAAAAUAAAGACAGAGAAGUUCUAAUAUGAAAGUUCUUCUCCGUUGGAGUUAAUUAUUGAUGUUUCUAUGAAAUAAAAGAUAAAGAAAGAGGAUUUUUCAUGAGGUU